CGAGCGCGGCGGCGCCAUGCCGGGCGGGGGGCCGCUGUGCUACGCGCUGCUGUGCGGGCAAGCGGCGCUGCUGCUGGGCAACCUGCUGCUGCUCCAAGGCGUGUCGCGGAGCCACCAGCACAACGCCACGGACAGCCCGGCGGCGCAGGGCCCGGAGCCGGCGCAGGACCCGGCCGCCGCCUCCGCAGCCUGGGACUACCAGGGCCCCUACUCGCCGCUCGUCCGCUGCGACCACCUACCUGAGGAGUUCAUCGAGUGUGAGCCUCCCGUGGAUCACGGUGGAAACACAAGCGCACGAGAUGAAAUGGGCCACGGGUGCCUCAAGUUUGGUGGCCAAGCCUAUAGUGAUGUGAGCCACACUCGGGUUCUCUGCAAGGCCCUGGACGGGAUUGAGUGCACAGGACGGCGGACUUUUCUGCGUGGGAAUAAACCUUGCAUAAAGUACACUGGGCAUUACUUCAUAACCACUCUUCUCUACUCCUUCUUCUUGGGUUGCUUCGGAGUGGAUCGUUUUUGCCUGGGCCACACGGGCACCGCAGUGGGGAAGCUGCUUACUCUUGGCGGACUUGGGAUCUGGUGGUUCGUGGACUUAAUUCUGCUGAUCACGGGAGGACUGAUGCCCAGUGACGGAAGCAACUGGUGUACCAUUUACUGAACGCCUCCACCUCUGGACCUAAGCCAGAGACAAUAAGGGAGUCCUGUUUUAGCUGGGACUACACUGGUGCGUUCUUUUUCUGCUGGAACUGGAUCCUCCUAGAUAAAAUUAAUGGGAAAAUGCAUACCCUGAUUCCGCUGUACAUACGCCUUUGCUUACACGGAAGCUAGCCUUUUCCUGCCUUGAAGGGACUAGGAAGACCUCAGCCUUGUGGAACAAACUGCUUCAAUGAACUGACACUACUGCACAUUUCUGUACCACCGGAGGUGGGUUAUCCCACUCUGCUUAACCCUGGUUCUCAAGACUGCGUGCUUUAGAACAUGUUUUCCAAAUAAAUGUGUGCAGCCAA